AACUUGCCCCUCUGACCAAGAUGGCGUCUCUCAGAAAGCAGUGUUAGCAGAGGGUCUUUGUUGUGUUAGAAAGAGGUAAAAUGUGUAAAGUCCAGAUGCUGAGAGCGUUGGUGGAGCAGCGACUAACUGCGGCUGCUGAAGAGAUAUUUGGGCUGUUUGAAAGAACGAUAGCAGAGUACGAGGAGGAACUUUGUCGUUCAAAAGAGGAGAACGAGCGACAACGGGAACUACUGGACGCUGUUUUCAACCCUCAGCUCCGGGUCCACAGAGCAGAUGUUCAGCAGCUGUGGGUGGUUAAAGAAGUGGUUCCCCCCGAGCAGCAGGAGUGUAGCUCCAGUGUGGACCAGCAGGAGUAUAGCUACAAUGUGGACCAGCAGGAGCCAGAGGCCCCCCCACACAUUAAAGAGGAACAGGAGGAACUGUGGAGCAGUCAGGAGGAAGAGCAGCUUCUAGGGCUGGAGGAGUCUGAUAUCACCAAGUUCCCAUUCACUCCUGUCCCUGUGAAGAGUGAAGAUGAUGUAGAGGAAGAUGUUCAGCGGCUGUUGGUGGUUAAAGAAGAGGUUCCCCCAAUGCAGCAGGAGUGUAGCUCCAGUGUGGACCAGGAGGAGCCAGAGUCCCCCCCACACAUUAAAGAGGAGCAGGUGGAACUGUGGAGCAGUCAGCGGGGAGAGCAGCUUCAAGGGCUGGAGGACGCUGAUAUCACCAAGUUCCCAUUCACUCCUGUCCCUGUGAAGAGUGAAGAUGAUGAAGAGGAAGCUCAGUCCUAUAUUUACAGUCACACAUGGUAG